AUGGAAGGCAACAACGGUUUUCGGCCCCAAGAGAUCAUUGUCAGCAUUCUAAAGAGACUUCCCGUGAAAUACCAAAUCCAAUUUCAAAGUGUCUGCAAAAAUUGGAAAAAUCUCUUGAAGGAUCCGUUAUUCAUUGCAGAUCACCUUCACCACUCUAGUCAUCGACCUUCUUUUCUCUUCCAACAACUCUAUAGGAGAAACAAUCCGUUAUGCUCGGAUCAUCGGCUCCAGCACGGCUUGCUCUGUAUGGAACUCUAUGAUCGUUAUGUGUCUCCUCAUAAGCUUCUAGUGUGGAAUCCAGCUAUUAAGGAGGCGAGAGAAGUACCCCAAGCCACUUAUCCUAAAGAGGGUUCAUAUCGGUUCUGCAAGAGAAGUGUGAAUAAGGUGCUAGUGUAUUCGUUACGCACGGGGUCGUCGAAAGCUGUGGAAGUAGGGAACACAUUAAAGGAUCUAUGUAUUUAUUGUGAAGCAGCCACUGAUAAUAAUGGAACCAUCAUUUGGCUCGCGCAAAAUUCGAAUGAUGAUGAUGACGUGAUAAUCUCAUUUGACGUAGCGGUGGAAGUGUUUACGUUAAUACCAACACCUGCUUUGCCCCAUAGAUCAACUUCUAUUCCUACUUUUUAUGAGAACAAACCAGUUAUUAUUUCUUACAGAGACAUAGGAAACUCUAAAUAUGGUUUCAUUGAUUUGUGGAUGGUUGAAGAACACACGUGCUUUUAG